GAAAAUUGUGAUUGCAUCGGUGGUUGAACACAAACUUUGUUUGCCUGUCCUCUGAGUCGAGAAGAGACUUCCGACAAAUCGACAGAAGCCAUCUUACUCGCUCCUCUCCCAGAAAUGUAUCGUCUGAUGUCUUUUGCGCUUCUGGUUUCUGUGGUGUAUGGUCAGUGUCCGAAUGGCUACCUGCACCACGGGGAGUCGUGCUACGCCAUCCCUGCCACACCAGCCACGUGGAGCCAGGCUGCAAUGUACUGCACGGUCCUUGGCGCUGACCUGGCUGUCAUCGAGUCGUCAGCAGAGCAGGUGUACAUCGAGGGAUUUCUACAGCGCAUGGCCGGAGCUUUCCCGAGCGAUAAAGAUUUCUGGAUAGGCGGCGGCGACUUCUUGGAGCAUGGAACAUGGAUCUGGGUCAAGACGCAGGAGGAAAUCAACCCCGAGGCGUCGUUCUGGGCCACAGGUCAGCCGGCCAGCGCCACCCAGCACCAGGCGUGUCUGCGACUGUCCGAGACCACCGGCUACCGAUGGGAGGCCGGCAGCUGCGACUCACCGGAAUAUUUCAUCUGCGAGAAGCCGUAUGUCAUCCCAGAGAGCGGGGUUCCUGUUGGCAAGUGAGAAGUGUUCGUGCCUAGUGUGCGACGAAUAUCCCUUUGCAUCUUGUAUACCUGAGUUCUUAUCUUAAUCAUUUCCAAUGGACCGAUGUGUCUCUCUAUGGUAUCAUUUUCCCUGGACAUCUAUAAAGAUUUGAAGCCUGAUAAUAAAUAUAGGUGCAUCGAACUCAUAUAUUACAUUUCCUAAACAGUUCGAUGACACAUUCAGGGCGUGUUGCCCUGACCUCAAGUUCAGCUGCUCGCAAAUUUUGAAAUUAAACAGAUUUUACAGUAUU